UCAAUAUCCUAAUUUGAGCUUCUGCAGAAGAGCAAAGGCUGGUAGCACCAUGGUAAAGUUUCUGCUGCUGGCUUUGGCAUUUGGUCUGGCUCGUGCUCAUGCAGAGAUUGAUGGAAAGUGGGUUACUGUUGCCAUUGCUGCUGACAAUGUGAAAAAGAUAGAGGAAGGAAGACCUCUGAGAGCCUACCUUCGUGAACUUAAUUGUAAAGAGUCAUGUGAUAGAUUGGAAUUGACAUUUUAUUUCAAGGCAAAUGGUCAAUGUAUAAAGACAAAACUCACUGGGAAUAGGCAAGAAGAUGGCAUGUACAAUGCACAGUGUAAGUAUGGGAUUUGGGAGCUUUCUCUGAACAAAAGCAUUGUGGGUGUGCACGUACAAGCUAACACUUCAGCCACCUGUAGGUAUAUAAUUCUAGAACCAUUUUGGUUCCUUUGAAAUUUAUCAACCCUU